UAGAAAUGCCUCUAGCGCAGGCUCAGCCUGUACAAUAGACGUGUGCAGGUCGUGGCUGAAACCGGUGUGAUCAGAGGAAAGCCCCACGGACUGUACUCAAACGAUCCCAGAAGCAGUUGCUGGACAGGACUCCCACAUUUUUGCAGUCUAGAGCAACUAUGUGUGACGAGGACAUGAUUUACAUGGCCAAGCUGGCUGAGCAGGCAGAGCGCUACGAUGAUAUGGCCAAAACCAUGAAAAAAUUUGCAAAGAUGAAGAAUGUACUGAACUCAGAACAGCGAAACUUGUUCUCAGUAGCUUACAAAAAUGUGGUGGGUGCCCGUCGUUCUUCAUGGCGAAUUAUCUCCAAUGAGGAAGGCAAAGCUAAUAAUGAAGAAAAGAAGAAUAUAACUAAAAGCUACAGGGAGGACAUUGAAAAUGAGUUGAAGACGACUUGCAAAGAAGUUUUGGAUCUUCUGGAUGACCCCUUGAUUCCUCAUGCUGCAAAUGAUGAUGAUGAAGUGUUUUAUUAUAAAAUGAAAGGCGACUACCACCGGUACCUGGCUGAAGUGGCACUGCAAGAUGAUACUGAAAGUAAGUCAAAAUCAGAAGAGGCCUACAAAAAGGCCUGUGACAUCUCUGAAAAGAUGCCCUCCACAGACCCCAUCCGUCUUGGACUAGCCCUCAAUUACUCAGUUUUCCAAUAUGAGAUCUGCAACAAUGCAGAACUUGCUUGCUCAUUGGCUCAAAAGGCUUUUGAUGAUGCCAUUGCAGAACUAGACAAUCUCAAAGAUGACAGUUACAAAGACAGCACCCUUAUCAUGCAACUCCUGAGAGACAAUUUAGCACUGUGGAACUCUUGUAACCAGGGCGAAGAGGGAGAGGAGUGAAUCUUCUGACUUCAGUAGUUGUCUACCUGCCUUUCCAACAUUCCAGCUCAUUUUAUGGAGACCUAUUUGGUUAUCAUUGUCCUCAAUCUUUUAAUGUUCCACUCCUGUAGGCCUUUUUGAAGUAUGGAAGGCUGCAAUUAACGAUUAAUAUGGCAGUUAUUAUUUUUGAUUAGUUGUUUACAUUGUAAAAGACUAGAGUAAGAGUAUAUUUACAACAUUUUAGUCAUUACACAGGUUUUACAAGCUGUGUCAUUUAGGGGUAAUAAUUGCACUGUGUCAUAAAACCUUUUCAGCUAAUGGUGCAUUGUUUGUUCAGAAAACAAUUUGAUUAUGAUUUAUUUCAAUAAACGAUUGGUUGCAGUUAACUUUCAGCCGUUUAAGUAUGUAUAAGUAAAGACUACAAGAAUAAGUGCAUUUGCAUACUUGAGGUCAGUAAGGGCUUGGACAUUUACAUCACUGUUCCUGUUGCUUGGCUGGCAAUUUUGUCUCCAUUUUGGAUUUGAGGACAUUCUCACCUGUUAUGUCAAAUACAUAUUUAUAUACACACUCAAUUUUUUGUAAUACUGUACAUCUGUUUAACAUUUUAAACCUGAGAAAUGAGUGAAGGUGACAGGAGCAACUAUUGUGGCCAAAUGGUGGCAUAAGGCAAGAUUCAGUCCACCCAGGUUACAUUCCACUUCAUUUAGUUUAUUAUAGAAAUGUUUUUUGUUUUUGUUUCUCUUCUGUUUUAGUGGGAAAUCUGCAGCUGUAUUUCUGUGCAUAUUAACAGUUAAUUUGAAGAACAAAAAAGUACUACAAACUGAUUGCAGUGGUCCUCCCUUUGUAUUACUGUUUUGUAUUGGCAUGUUCUUUGGGUUCUUUGGGACAAAUAUUGAGGGAAAGGGGGCUCUUAACUGUAUGUGGUGGAAAGUAAGCCUUAAAUGGUUAAGGAACCAUUGCAUCCAUUUGUAUUUAGGGGUUUUAUUAACGGAUAUAAAAAUUGGGAUGCUGAAGCAUGUGUUUUUGGAAAAAUGUUUCAUUUAAAUAAGAAUACACGUAUUUAGAAAAUCAAAAUCUGGACCUCUUUGUCUUUAAUCAUCACAGACAUUGCAAGAUUUCCGGACCUUUUUUUUAAUGUUUGCUGAGUGCAAAGAUCAAGAUGUUUGAAGAAUGUGUUUGGUAUGUUGGCUGCAAGAUGGAGAGUAUUGUGAGGGCAGCAGAGGAUGUGACCUAAGUCUGCAUUUUUCCACAUGACUGUCUCUGUGGAGAAAUGUAAAUGACUAUCUCUGGUAAGUAAUCACCUUGCAGAGUGACUGAAACAGAAAUGUGGUUUACUCAGUUGCCACUGAAAGGCCUGAUUAUAGGCACAGAAUAUCACUGAAUAAGCUUGUAAUGAAAACCAUUCAGGGUCAUGUGAUGGCAUCUCAGUGCAUUACAAUUGUAAUAAAUUGUUUCAAUUGUA